AUUACCCUUGAGCGAAACCGACCAUUUUCACACCACCUCACGGUGCUGUUUAUAGAUGUGCGCCGUUUAUUAUCCAUCCGUCUUUUAUCAACACAAUUCUAUACAAGCUUGUGUCUUUUAUUCUCCAGUGUUCAAACAGUUUGUAUGUACAUUCAGUGCAAUAUAGGUUUGCCGUUUGUGACACCUAAUUGGAGGCCUGUGAAUUCCUUAAAAAAAAAGCACGAACGUCACGAACUGGAACUGAUAGGUUUAAAGAUUAGAUAAGCAGGACUUUGGUCGGAUUGUUUAAUAGCGAUUUUAGUUCAAUCGGGAAAGCUAACCGAACAGGUAGUGGGCAGUGUUCUAGAUCUUGUAGGGAGCUCGAAGCCUACUUGGUUCGACUACGCGGGAUACCAUACUAUAUCGAUAUCACAUCUCUCCCUAUCUCAGUAGACAGUUAUUUAAUUCUCGUAGGUAGCUCAAAGCCUGCUUGAUUCAACUACACGGCCUACCUGGUCAAGAUGUCCCACACCAACAAGUUCGGCGACUUGGUUGGUUCCAUCGACGAGGGAACCAGCUCGGCACGAUUCAUCCUGUUCCGGGCGGAAACCAGUGACAUUGUUUGCUUCCACCAAAAGGAACUGCGCCAGAUGUACCCCCAGGAAGGCUGGGUCGAGCAGGAUCCGAAGGAGAUCCUGUCCGUGGUUGAGGAAUGCAUCGAGAAGACCAUCGAGAAACUGCAGGAACUUGGUGGCAGCCCGACCGACAUUGUGGCCGUCGGUGUGACCAAUCAACGGGAAACGACCAUUGUGUGGGACAAAACGACGGGAGAACCCCUGUACAAUGCCAUCGUGUGGUUGGAUAUGCGAACGGCUUCCACCGUCGAUCAGCUGCUGGAAACGGUUCCCAAUAAGACCCGGAACAAGAACUAUCUGAAACCGUUGUGUGGAUUGCCCCUGUCGCCAUACUUUUCGGCGGUCAAGUUGCGCUGGCUGAUCGACAAUGUUCCAAAGGUGAAAACGGCCAUCAAGAACGGCAACUGUCUAUUCGGGACGGUCGACACAUGGCUGAUUUGGAAUCUCACCGGCGGCGUCAAUGGAGGAGCACACGUUACCGAUGUCACCAAUGCAUCCCGUACCAUGCUGAUGAACAUCGAAACGCUACACUACGAUAGGACGUUGGGCAAGUUCUUCGACAUUCCAUUUGAGAUCCUGCCGGAGAUACGGUCCAGCUCGGAGGUGUACGGCAAAAUUUGUCUGAAGGCCCUAGAAGGAGUUCCGCUAAGUGGAUGCCUGGGAGAUCAGCAAGCGGCUUUGGUGGGACAGGAGUGCCUUGUUCGAGGUAAGGCCAAGGCCACCUACGGAACCGGGUGCUUUUUGCUGUACAACACUGGAAAUGCGUUGAUUGACUCGUCGCAUGGUUUGAUUACGACCGUUGCCUAUCAAAUGGGUCCGGAAGCUCAUCCGACGUACGCUCUGGAGGGAUCUGUCGCUAUAGCGGGCGCGGCUCUUGGAUGGUUACGCGACAACAUCAACAUUCUGACCAGUGCCAAAGAAUCCGAAGAAUUGGCGUUGUCGGUGGAAAACAAUGGCGACGUUUACUUUGUACCUGCCUUCAGUGGCCUCUACGCUCCUUAUUGGAACCAGGAAGCACGUGGCGUUAUCUGCGGAAUUACGGAGGAUACCCAACGGGGUCACAUCGUACGGGCGAGUCUGGAAGCAGUGUGUUUCCAAGUUAGGGACAUUUUGGAUGCCAUGAACAAGGAUUGUGGAAUUCCGCUGGUCAAACUUAAGGUUGAUGGUGGAAUGACCGCCAACUCACUGUUGACCCAGUGGCAGGCGGACUUGAUUGGGCUGGAAGUGCAACGGCCUGCCGUGGUGGAGACCACAGCUUUGGGCGCGGCAAUGGCUGCGGGUCGUGCUGUCGGCUGCUGGGAUGUGGAGAACGUCAGCGUAGAAAGCAACUGUACCUCUUUCCGGCCGAAGAUCACCGACGAUGAGCGCGACAUGAGAUACAGCAAGUGGAAGAUGGCCGUCGAGCGAUCGUUCGGUUGGGAGAGUAAUGCGAUGGUGUAGAGUUUCAAACUUAGGUAUAUGUACUGGAAACAGGGCUUUGGGAUAAGAAAUAGUUCGAGCAAUUGUGCAUGUUCAUACUAGUAGCAACAUAAAUAUGUAAUUUAUUACACUUUGACUUUUCUUGAUAAGACUUAUAAAAAUAAACAGUUUAAAGAUGGAGGACAAUCAA